AUGACAACCCCGGGCAACGUCUCCUUCAGCACAGGAGAAGCUUUCACUGCGUGGUCAACUGUCCUGAUCAUUCAAGCUGCGACUCCUUAUAACUUUUCGACGACAUUUAGCACAUUGGACCCCCAGCCAGUCUCGCCCAACUUCAUGCGCUUUGCCGUCUUCAGGCAGCCUAGUACCUAUAGGAAGGACAGCACAACCGUCGAGGAAACCCUAGAGUGCGACCUGAGCUUCGCCGCCUACACAUAUUCCAAUGCGACAUCUGUGGGCAAUGACUUUAAUUUCGGCAAUUUUGAAACGACGCCUCUUGACCCCGGAACCUUUAUAGAUGUCGGAAGCCAGGGCGCCCAGAGUUAUAUUCUUUUCAACACAAGCGGCCUGCCAGAGUUCAAGGUCUCGAUGUGGGACCUCGGCGCCCUGCUGUAUUUCUUUCCAUCCGACCAUUUCAGCGGCAAGCUGGCCGUCGGCGAAAAUCCCGCAUUCUACUCUGCCGGUAUUACCCCUGGAGUUUGGAGCCCGGGGCGAAACGUGUCGCAAGUGCUCCAGAAAAUGGCAGUCGGCAUGACGGACCAGCUUCGGUCGACCUAUAACGCGAACGCGCACGGUCUGACUGCCAGCUCGGUUGUGCUUGUCCGCGUCCAAUGGCCGUGGCUGGCACUCCCCUUCGCUGUUGUCCUGGCAGCAGCAGUGCUACUGCUGGCUGAGAUGGUGGAAAGCCGCAGAGGCCGGAACAUAAGUCUCUGGAAGUCAUCCUCCACGGCGCUCCUCUAUCACUCUGUCUCGCCAACACAAGAUAUUAUAAGCACUCAGAUCCAGAGCCCAAAGCAGCUGGAGAAGCUGGCCAAGGCCACGCGUGUCAGCUUGGGGAUCGACAGGCAAUCUUAUACUAGUAGCGCCUACUCACCUAGCGGCCUUGCGCCGAUCGGCCCAGCGUGA